AUGGAAAUGAACCCUGUUUUCUCUGGCGUUCCCGCCAACAACGGUCCCCCUUCUGGUCCAAUGGCGUUCCAGAACGGCACUCCUCCUGCUCCUGACAUGGGAUCCGUCUCUUCCCCUCCUGGUGUUGGCCCUGACAGCCAGAAGAACACCCUUUGGAUGGGAGAGCUCGAACCCUGGAUGGACGAGAACUUCAUUAAGGGAGUGUUCAUGUCCGCGGCUCACGAAAGUGUUAAUGUCAAGGUCAUCCGCGACAAGAACUCCGGUAAUGCCGGUUACUGCUUUGUUGAGUUCCAGACUUCCGAAGCUGCCAACAAGGCCCUUGGUAUGAACGGAAGCCCUGUUCCUAACAGUACUCGCUCUUUCAAGCUCAACUGGGCAUCCGGUGGUGGUCUUGUCGACCGCAGGGACGAUCGUGGCCCCGAGUACAGCAUCUUCGUUGGCGACCUUGGUCCUGAGGUCAACGAGUACGUUCUUGUCUCUCUCUUCCAGGGUCGUUUCCCCUCUUGCAAGUCGGCAAAGAUCAUGACCGACGCCAUGUCUGGCCAGAGCCGCGGCUACGGUUUCGUUCGCUUCUCUGACGAGAACGACCAGCAGCGCGCUCUCGUCGAGAUGCAAGGUGUUUACUGCGGCAACCGACCUAUGCGCAUCUCUACCGCUACCCCCAAGAACCGCGGCAACCACGGAUUCCCCGGCCAGGGCCCUCAGCAUGGCGGUCCUAUGAUGGGCGGCAUGCCUCAGCAGCAGAUGUGGAACGGAGGUGGUAUGCAAGGCUUCGGCGGCUACGGUGGUGGUUUCAACCCUGCCACCCAGAUGAACCAGUUCACUGACCCUAACAACACCACUGUCUUCGUUGGUGGUCUUUCCGGCUACGUCACCGAGGACGAGCUGCGAUCGUUCUUCCAGGGCUUCGGUGAGAUCACCUAUGUCAAGAUACCGCCUGGCAAGGGCUGCGGUUUCGUCCAGUUUGUCCACCGCCACGCCGCCGAGAUGGCCAUCAACCAGAUGCAGGGUUAUCCUAUUGGAAACUCUCGUGUCCGUCUCAGCUGGGGUCGAUCUCAGAACAACUCUGGAGUUGGUACCCCCUACCGCCCUGCUCCUCCCCCUCCUCACUACAUGGGCAUGCCUGGCCACGGUGGACCUGGUAACUACGGCCCUCAGCACUAUGGUGGCCCAGCCCCUGGUCCCCAAGGACCGCCUGGUCCUCCUGGUCCCCCCGGCCCUAACGGUCCUCCCCAGGAGUAUUAA